GGCAUCACAAAGGAGGAUAAGGUGAAGUAUGGCUUCAAGAAGGCGGAGAUGGGGAAGGAGACUUUAGUGGGAACGGUUGGAGGGUUUGAUCGCCACCUCUUCUCAUGCUACAAGUCUCCAGAUGUAUGGCCCUCUCAUCUUGAAUCAACGGAGUUUGAUCGCCUCCCUGGACACGGCAUCGCCUCUCUCAAGGACAGCAAGGAUGAUAUCAACAAAUGGGUAACUACUCGGAGCACUUUCUACUUUUAUUUUUCAACAUCCCAUCUUAGUUUGGAUGCUUGUUAUCUUAUCAUCUAUAAGAUUUAUGCUGAGGUUCAUUUUCUCACUACAUCUUCUCCAUACUCAUUUAACCAUAUAUGGUGGUGAGGAUGGUACUGAGUCAUCUAAUGGAGAUGUUUUGAUCUUUCCAGACAUUAUUAGAUAUCGGUUUGCUAACUGAAAGCCAUUAUCUUGUAUUUUAAAACACUCUUGGAUGUCGAUA